UCAAUUAUACUCACGCGUGUAUCACAGUUUUUUUUCUCAUAUACUACAAAUUUUUCUACGUCAUAUAUUAUAUAUAUAGUCAUAGAUUUUUCUUGUAUAGUCAUGAUCUACAUUUUCGUUACCAUAGUUUUACUUAGGCUCCGAUUGGUAAUCCGAUUGGUAAUUACGGUUUGAGCGGUGCGGAACAAGCGAUUUAACUGCAGUGCAGUUUUAACAAUUAUAAAAACGUGUAGAUAUAUGGUAUACGUAGAGAUUUUUGUUACUGUUAAGUGCGGUGCGGGGUAAGACGGUUCGUAACAUUCGAAGCCUUAGUAAACAUUUUAUAAUUCGUUUCCUUAUAUAUAAAUAUGAAAUAGACUUUAAUUUGUAUCUGCGAAAUAAAAUUUACGUACACAUGCAUAAAAGAAUAAUAUUGAAUAGCUGAUCUUUGAGAUAUUGAGAACUCUUAUUGGGUCCCCCAUCUCUGUGUUAUAUAACUCAACACUCUCUCUAUAUCUCCUACACACAAAACCUAAAAUAUCUUUUGCUUUAUAGUUCUUUUCUUGGUAAAAUAAAAUUUCUUAUCAUUGUCUUCUUCUUCUUCCGAUCUACUCUUCAUUUUGAUCUUCAAAUAUGGAGCCAGCGCAACAUCACCAUCAAGCCGACCAAGAAAGCGGCAACAACAACAAGUCCGUCUCUGGUGGUUACACGUGUCGUCAAACGAGUACAAGAUGGACACCAACGACCGAUCAAAUCAGAAUACUCAAAGAUCUUUACUACAACAACGGAGUCCGGUCACCAACAGCCGACCAGAUCCAGAAGAUCUCUGCAAGGCUGAGACAGUACGGAAAGAUCGAGGGAAAAAAUGUCUUUUACUGGUUUCAAAACCAUAAGGCUCGUGAGCGACAGAAGAAGAGAUUCAACAGCACAACCAUGACCAUACCAACGUCUUCAUCGCCCAACUCGGUUAUGAUGGCUAGUGAUCACUAUCACCAUAACCAUCAUCAUCAUGGCGUUACCAUCCAGAGACCUGCUUUGGUUAACGCUAAGCUCGACCAAGAAAAUCAUAUGUUUCAUCAGAGCAGAUCAUAUCCCAGCUUCAAUAACGGGAAUACAAAUCAUGCAAGUUCAGGCACGGAAUAUGGUGUUUUCAGUGCUUCUAAUGGCUACAUUAGUAGCCAUAUCUAUGAACCUAUGGAACAAGACUGUUCAAUGAGCUACAACAACGUAGGUGGAGGAUGGACAAACAUAGAUCAUAAUCACCAUUACUCAACUCCAGCCUACAACUUCUUCGAUAGACCAAUGCUUCUGUCUGGACUAGAAGGUCAUCAUCAAGAAGAAAAAGAAUAUGGUGGCGAUGCUUAUCUGGAACAUAGACGCACACUUCCUCUCUUCCCUUUGCACGGUGAGGAUCACAUCAACGGCGGUGGUGGUUCCAUCUUGAAGUACGGACAAUCGGACGGUUGUGAUCGUUAUGGUAGAGGCCCUUGUGCUUCUCUUAAGCUGUGUCUGAACUGAACUCCUAGACCAGCGUCGUACCGGAUUAAAGUUGUCUUUCGCUAUCUCUCUCGCAUGUUUCGCUAGUGAUUAAUGAUGCAGUAAGCAUAAAAGUAGUAUCUCGAGUACUUAUAGUUUAUAGUUGCAUUUACUACUUCUAGGUUGAACUUUCAAUGAGUGUGUUUUUCUCUCUUUUCUUUUAUAAUCUAAGACGUUAAAAUCUUAUUACUACGAAAAUGGAAUCUAUUUCAAUAAUUUACAAAUAGUAAUUUCAAAAA